AUGGCUAACGAACGAUGGCCCACCGCAAAGUGUCGUGUGUUGGUGGUUGUGUCGAUAACGCUCACGCUGCUGGUAACGCUUGUCGUGACACUGUCAUCGGCUGGCUCAUCGGCACAUCGCGCCACGGCAAGUCAUAAUGAUUCAUCGCCACCGGAUUGUAUGGUGGCGUUCGAUCGUGGUCUUGCCGUUGGUUCGCGGCGUCGUACGUACGGUGGGAAGACGUACUGUGCCUACGAGGGCAUACCGUAUGCACAGCCUCCGGUCGGUGAGCUACGAUUUGAGGAUCCACAACCGUACCAUUUCGCGGGGGCCCGACUGUUUCGGAAUGUCUCGAAAGCGUGCCCCCAAGCGUACGAAGCACCCGCGCACAUGGAUAAGCUGGAAACGAGUGAAGAUUGUUUGUACCUGAACGUAUACACGGCAAACGAUGCGUUGGAUGGUGAGCGGUGGCCGGUGAUGCUUUGGAUUCAUGGCGGUUCGUUUGUGGUUGGAUCGUCUGAGACGGACAUCUUUGGGCCCGAGUUUCUGGUGGAGAAGGGCAUCAUCGUGGUAACGUUCAACUAUCGUUUGGCCGCACUCGGUUUCCUCUCACUUCCGGACCUCGGCAUAAACGCGAAUCUGGGCCUGCUGGAUCAGCUCGAGGCACUGCGUUGGACCGUUCGGAACGCUAUCCACUUCGGUGGUGAUGCUGCCCGCGUAACGCUGUGCGGUUGGAGUGCCGGGGCCGCUUCGGUGACGUAUCAUCUCUACUCACCCGCUGCCAAGGGUCUGUUCCAUAACGCGAUCAUCAUGAGCGGCAGCAUGACGCAAUCGUGGGCGUACACGUACGAUCCGGGGCGGUGUGGGCGAGAGUAUCUGCGGAAAAAUGAUGCCACCAGCCGCGAACAGCUCCAGUCCCGGCCGCUCGCCCAGCUGAUGGCGGCCGAGCAAGGAUUUCACAUAAAUUUCUUCUCCCUGUACUACUACUGCUUCCUGCCGUCCGAUGACAGCUAUCGGCCGGAGCCGGACUUACGGAUCGUUGGACGGGAUCCGUUCGCGCGUGUACGCACCGGCCCACCGGAAAGUGACGUACCGCUGUUGGUCGGUUACACGACACUCGAGCACGGGAACCUUUUUCUCGAGCGUGACUUUGCGCACACCUCGCCCAACUUUCCGAACGAUAACGCGACCAUUCAGACGCUGCUGGAAGAUUACCUUGAUCGCCAGGCACGGUCCAACAGGUCAGUGUCGAGGCGUCGCUUCUAUCAGGAGCUAGCGUCGUUGGCAGACAUUAUCUACGGCAUACAGUACUUCGUCCGGCACGCGGCCACUCACCAGCGGGCACCAGUGUAUCGGUAUCUGUUCGCGUACGAUGGUGCAUUCGGGUACGCGAAGCACUGGUACUACCGGAACGAGAUAGGGCGGCCGGAUUUGCCCGGCCCGAUGCAUGGUGACGAGUUGGGUUAUCUGUUCACGCCCUACCUUUACCGUGGGCGCCGGUGGCAGGAUAUCGAUGGGAAGGCGUAUCGAACGGAGCGUCGUGUACAGCGCCGGAUGCUACGGCUGUGGUGCAACUUUAUCAAAUAUGGAAAUCCAACGCCGGCAACCUUGAAGGCAGAAAACGUUGGGCGGCGGGUCGUCCGAUGGUAUCCUUACAAUGAUCCGAUUCCGGAACGGGCCCACCAUUAUCUGCGGAUCGAUCGACGGAUUCAGCUGCUGCCGGAAACGGAUGAUGAAAACCCGUUCCGGCGGCUUUGGGACCGUGUGUCCCGGUGUCUGUACGAGUUCGACUGUGAAUUCUUAAGUACCGACAAACAGCCGAAGGAAGCUUGA